UAACAACAUUCUAAACCACGAUAACAAUUUGAAUGAAAUUUCAAACCUAGAUGCACAUUCUAGUGUUAGAUGUUCACGUACUCACCGUGAUACGCUUAAUUCAGGGAACCUCACUCGAAUGGGGUUGUUUUGUCGAUUUCAUCCCGCUGCUCAUCGGUAUCGUUGUCAACCCAACACCGUUGCCUGGUCAAACUCGUUGAUGCCCGGAGGUCGAAAUCACUCCCCAAAUCUGACCGUUAUGAACCGAAGGUCGCCGGAGAAAUCUGUUUCCGGAAUGGAGGUCAUUCCGCCGCCGCUGGAAGCUGACGGAACAGCUGGGACCGAUGGAGGAACCUGCCGGUUGUCCUUGCCGGAGAAGAAUCGCUGGAGUUCGCUGGAACAGUGGGGGACGCCGGGUUUUGAAGGGUUGCUAUUUCCGAGAAGGAUUCGACGGCGCCGCUGUCCAAUUCACCAUCGGGAGUCACCGUCACUGUUGUGGGUGGUCUCUACCGUCGUCAUCCCCCCUAGCUUGUCGGAAUCGCUAGAGUUGCAGGGCUGCCACCUGCAUUCGUUGCCGGAACUAGGGUCUCCGGAAAAGGAGGGCGCUGAGCAGAACGGGGUGGGAACCCUUCCUUGGGCGAUCGUCACCGGAAAGUCGCAGGGUCGCCGGGGUUCAGGGUCGCCAUCUCUGUCGUUCGUCCGUGAAGAAGAAAUGGGACGCGGCGCUAGGUUAAUCGAAGAAGAAGAGGCGAAGAAGGAGAUAGCCGCGGAUAGAAAAGACAGCUUCCUUAACUUGUACACUGAAGGGUCUGCAGUCUCAUUUGUUGCUCCAAGGUUAAGUUUCUCGCCGGAUGGUUUUAGCCAGCUGAAAAUCGAUUGUCAGGCGUCCACAAGUCAAGAACGUGAUGUGGAGGACUCGAGUGACAAAGACGAGUUCGGGGUCGUGCUUAAGAAAUUCCAUAAGUUCAUGCGCAAGGAAUUUGAACGAAAAGGAAAGAAGCAAGGAGAACCACCCAAAUGCUAUGGGUGUGGAGAAGUUGGGCAUAUAAGACCAAAAUGCCCAAAUGCCAAGAAUGAGAACAAACCGUUCAAGAAGCACCGAGCUUACAUCUCGUGGGGAGGUGAUUCCGGCGACGAGUCAUCAGACGGCGAUGAGAACAAAAGCGCCAACCUUUGCCUCAUGGCACACGAGGAACCACCGGAAGAGGAGGACAAAGAAAGCGUUCCCGCACCGGCGCACAAGUACCUUGAUGGGUUGUUCCUUUGGUUCAACGACCGUGCCGAGGCGACGCGGUUCUCGGAGAAGUUUGAGCACCAGGAAAUUCUUCCUCCCCGGUCCCUCAAGCCAAGGAAGUACAAUCACACCGCUCUCUCCCAAGAGGACACCAAAACGCUUCGUGCGAUGAUUCACAACGCCAACAUUAAUUGGUGUAAAUUUGUGACGACUCACAUGUUUAACGCCACCUUCGAUGAUCGGCCGCUCCCCUACGCCCUCCUCGUUAUGGCAAUUCUUGAUGAGUACAACAUCAAGACCGACGUUGGGCCGAAGAUAAAGGGGACAAAGCAUUGGGAGAUUGAUGAAUCCGUCUUCCACUCGGGCACCGACGAGACUCCGUUUCGACAGCCUCGUCCACGACGUCAACCAAGGGAUGCUUCUUCAAACACCCCUUUUCUUGCCGAGCAAAUGGCCGCCCUGACCGCCACUCUUUCUCGGAUAGACACCAACGUCUCCCAAACAGCCCAAAACGUCAACAUUUUGAGCCGUGAGCUCCACGGGUAUUUUGACUUUGUCAACUACCCUUAUGCUCAAAUGGUCCCUUACGCUCCUCCGCCAAACUUCGGUGGUGAACCAAGCGGGACUAAUAACGUUGGUGGAGAAGAAGAGGUGAACGAUGAGGAAGAAGAGGAAGAGGAAGCCGAAGGAGAAGAAGAAGAAGAAGAUGAUGAUGAUGAUGAUGAUGAGGAUGGAGAGGAAGAGGAAGAAGAAGACAUCGACGAAGAACAACUCCUCGAUGAUCUUUCACCAGACUUCUAGAGCUCUAGCUCUUUUCUCUUCUCUUCUUUAAUUAUUAUGCAUUUUAAAUUUGCUUCCGUUAUGUACUCCGCUAUUUCCCUUAUUUAAUAAAUUAAAAAUCUUUAU